AUGGCUAGUAAAGUGAAGAAAGAGGGACAAGAUAAUUCAGCAGAAGCUUUAGAGUCGGCUGGUAACAAUACAAAUGGAAGUGGUAAACCUGCUUCAACGCAGAACGUAAAUAAUAAUAAUAGUAAUCAAGAAAAACCAAAAGCAUUCACGAUUAAAUACAAGAGACCAAGAGGAUCGAGAGCAUGUGUCGUUUGUAGAUCAAGAAAGGUUAGAUGUGAUGCAGAAAUUCAUAUUCCAUGUACUAAUUGUAUAACGUUUGGAUGUGAAUGUACGUUACCGGAAGCAAAAAAGAGGGGCAAUGUAUCUGCCGAAUCGAAAGCAAAAAGAACUAAGACCAACGACAAAGAAACAGGAGACCAGUCCGGGAUACCAUUCAACCCGAGUGUUAAAACAGAAAGCAAGAGUUCAACGGUAAAUUCAACUCUAGGCAGCCAAGCACCAUUAAAUGCGGAAUCUCAGGGUAAUGCAUCAACUCUUGAACCGGUAUUGAAUAUCUCACAAGUAAGUGUUCCGCCAUCUUUGACCUCAAAUUACAAAACGAGACCAUCAAUGCAUAAGAAGCAGUUGGCUAAUGGUAAAGGUAAAGCGGCGUUGACAUUUUUGGGGUCUUCGUCAAUUGCGCAGGUGGCUCAGAAGGUGGGACAGAAUCAUGUCCAGUUAACUGAAGAUGUGUUUGAUUCUAGCGAAAACUCACUUGACUCGGCAGAGUUAGAGAUUUUGAAGUUGCGAGGAGCGUUUCUUCUACCAUCCCAUGAGCUUUGUUUAGAUUUGAUUAAUUCGUAUUUUGAACAUGUUCAUGCAUUGAUGCCUGUGCUCAAUCGAACUGAAUUCAUGAGAAAGUUUAAUGACCCACAAGAUAACCCAUCUUUAAUGGUCCUUCAGGCGGUAUUACUUUGUGGAUGUAGAAUUUCUCAAAAUCCAUUAUUACUUGAUUCUAAAGGGUCUAAUAACUUAGCGUCGUUAACGUUUUUCAGAAGAGCCAAGGCAUUAUACGAGGCUAACUAUGAAAGUGAUCCAACCUCGAUUAUUCAGACAUUGAUCUUGAUUGGUUCAUAUGGUGAAGGUCCCGAAGAUGUUACAAAAAAUUCGUUUUAUUGGACCAGAGUUGCAGUAGGAUUAGCGCAGGGGUUUGGUUUUCAAAGAGAUAUUAGUAACUCCCCUGAUUUAAGUGAAAGCGACAAAAAAAUCUGGAGAAGAAUCUGGUGGUGUUUGUUUGAGAAAGACCGUAACGUUUCCAUUGCCUACGGUAGGCCGUUGGUUAUUGAUCUAAACGAUUGUGAUGUUCCUAUGCUUACGGUUGAAGAUUUCAACGAAGAUGAGCAUGAAUAUAAAUCACCUUACCCUGUUAAUGAGACGCAAGCCUUAUAUAUCAUCCAUUUGGUGAAAUUGGCCGAAAUUACAGGGAUCAUUAUUAAAUAUCAGUAUACUGUCAAAGCACAGCUGAUGAAAACAAAAAACAAAUUCUCUAUUAUUCAACAUUGUGAUAUGUUGAUGGGUAUUUGGUUUGCAAACUUACCCCACCAGUUAGUAUUUUCUUUGAAAGAUACUUCAACGCACAAUUUUUACAGUUGCUUUUUGAAUGCUCAAUAUUAUAACCGUUUAUACUUGAUUCAUAGAUCAAAUUUAUUAAGAAUGGCAAAGUCAAACUCAACGAAUCCAAAUAAUUAUAAAUAUCCUUCUUGGGGUAUUUCCUUCCAAGCGGCUAGAAUGAUUUCAAUUGUUUCUAAAAUCUUAUUGGAUAGAAAUCUUAUUAAAUUUUGCCCUGUUAUGUUUAUCUAUAUUGUUUUCACGGCUUUGGUAAUGUUGAUUUAUCAUGUUGACUCCCCUAAUCAUGUUAUUGCAUCUACCGCGUCUGAUUCAUUAUUCGUAUCGAGGGCCGUAUUGAAAGAAUUAGCUAAGUACUGGCCCAUUGCAAAUGUUUUAAUGAAGUUAUUUGACAAAUAUGCCAAUGAUAAAAUGAAAAGAGCAAAGGUCAUCGAAACUGGCUCUAAGAUCGCUGAAUUACAAGAGUUACAUGCCGAUCAAAAGAAUGUGUCUUCUGAAAGUAAUAUGAAUAACUAUUAUUGUAGCGAUAGCGGUACUGAGAUACAGAAUGAUAUAAUUGCAAAAAAUGAUGGGUCACCUUUGACUUAUGGCAACAGGCCAUCUCCUACUCACCUGAUGUCUUCUGGUGUCUCUCCUAGUAGCACAUUGAACAAGGGUAACAGAAGCCAACCAAAUAUUGAACAAUUAGUUCAACAAAUUAAACACCCUAAAGAAGAUAUUAAAAAGCCUGAUAUGUUAUCCUCAUCAAUUAAAACUGGAGAAACGUCGCCAACAUCGUCAACCCAAUCAUUCCCAGAUAUAUCAUUAGUUACUGAGAACUUGCCGGCAAAUCAGAAUUUUUUUGAAAACUUCGAGCCAACUCAGUUAUUUCCUGAUGUUAAAUUUAGUUUACCCCCAACAAGGGCACAAUCACCAUCAGCGGCUCAAGAUGUUGGUGAUAAUAAUUAUGAACAGCCUAAUAAUGAGAAUGACGCAAAUAUCUUCCAGGCACCUGGUGCGCCCGCUUUUGAUACGAAUUUUAUGGACAGUUCAUUUAUCAAUAUGAAUUUACAAUCCGCCGCUACAGAAAACAAUUUCUUGGAUGAUGACCUUACAUCGCUCUUUAAUAUUCAGAAUUAG